AGCAGUUUAAACCUUGAAUAUCCGAAACAUCCAUUAACUUCGAUACAGGGCUUCACAAUUCAUAACACGUACUCUCUCUCUCUCUGUCUCUCUCUCUCUGCACCUGCUUGUGCGUGUGUUCCUUUUCAGGUGCCCCCGCACAAGCCUCCUUCUCCUCCGCAUAUCUUUAUCUCCAUGUAUUCUUAGAGACAUGAAAGAAGCAACGAAAAUGAAGCUUCUUAUGCUUCUCAUGCUGUUUCUUUUUCUUCACGAACGCAUUUGGUUUCAUGUCGUUGCAGACCCUCUAGUUCCUUCAUCUUCACUCGCUACCCCCACGCCUGCUCUCUCUCCAGGUAUUCAGGUACAGGAGGAUCUUCACCAAAAAGAUUCGCACAAGAAAGUGGUAAUAAUAGCUCUAGUUGUUGUCGGCAGUGUAUUUGGUGCAGUCAUUUUGAGUUUGUUAUGCUUCUGGAUUUAUCAUACCAAAUAUUCAAAAUUCAAUAGGAAGCAAAAUGUUCAAAGUUCGGAUGCAGAGAAGGGUCUCUCUUUAGUGCCGUUUUGGAGUAAAUUAAGUUCCAUCAAGGUUGUUGGUAUGAAAGGGUCCGUUCCAAUAAUUGAUUAUAAUCAAAUAGAGAAAACGACCAAUAAUUUUCAGGAAACUAACAUCUUGGGUGAGGGUGGUUUCGGACGUGUUUACAAGGCUCGGUUGGACCAUAACUUAGAUGUCGCGGUCAAGAAAAUACACUGUGAAACUCAAAAUGCUGUGAGAGAAUUUGAUAACGAGGUGGAUUUGUUAAGUAAAAUUCAGCAUCCAAAUAUAAUUUCGAUACUGGGUUGUAGCAUUGAUGGCGACACUAAGUUUAUUGUGUAUGAGUUGAUGCAAAAUGGAUCCUUGGAAGCUCAGUUACAUGGACCAUCACAUGGCUCUGCAUUGACUUGGCAUAUGAGGAUGAAGAUUGCUCUAGACACAGCAAGAGGAUUAGAAUAUCUACACGAGCAUUGUUACCCUGCUGUGAUCCAUAGAGAUAUGAAAUCUUCUAAUAUUCUUUUAGAUGCAAACUUUAAUGCCAAGCUGUCUGAUUUUGGUCUUGCCAUAACUGAUGGGUCCCAAAGCAAGAAGAACAUUAAGCUAUCAGGUACCUUGGGAUACGUAGCACCGGAGUAUCUUUUAGAUGGUAAAGUGAGUGAUAAAAGUGAUGUGUAUGCUUUUGGGGUUGUGCUGCUGGAACUCUUAUUAGGAAGGAAGCCAGUGGAAAAACUGACACCAGCUCAAUGCCAAUCUAUUGUCACAUGGGCCAUGCCACAGCUCACAGACAGGUCCAAGCUUCCAUACAUUGUGGAUCCAGUGAUAAAGGAUACAAUGGAUCUCAAGCAAUUAUACCAGGUUGCCGCUGUAGCUGUGUUGUGCGUGCAACCAGAGCCGAGUUAUCGCCCACUGAUCACAGAUGUUCUUCACUCACUUAUUCCUCUUGUUCCCAUUGAGCUUGGAGGAACACUAAGAGUUUCACAAGCGACACAGCAUGAUGCCUCUCGUGCUCAUCAACCUGUGAAUUCCCGUCGUGGAUAGUAGCUAGCAAUUUGAUACAUACUAAACACUGUGAAUCAAGGACGUAAUUUAUGGUCAUGAUGAUGCCAAAUCUCGAAAUUAAACAGAGACCCGUGUCAACCUCAAUGUUUCUACAUGGACAGGUUUAUUCGGAAAGAUGUUUGGCAUGAGCGGGGCAGAAGAUCAUUAGAUUGUUAAUAACAAAAUGUAAAGAAGAAAUUGAUUUACUUUUGUUGGGGGUGGGUUUGAAUUGUGUAUAGGGGGCUGAGUUUAUAUAGCAGUUAAGUAUAAUUGUCUUACAUUCCCUGUUUUGGGUGUAUGAAAUUCAGCACAUGAUGCAAAGAUUUUACCAAUAAGCUUUUGGG